CACUGAUCUACUUGAGUUGAAGCAGAUAAGAUCUUCAGUGUCAAACGUGACGAUCGGCUGCCAGAGUCCAGACGGAGAGAAUAUUAACCAGGAUGGAUCUCCUCUCUUACUUCUCCACGGAGACCUGGGCUCUUCUAAUCCUGUCCUUAGGUCUCUUGAUGCUAUAUGGCAUCUGGCCUUACGGUGUCUUCAAAAAGUUGGGCGUUCCAGGACCUACCCCUCUCCCUUUCAUCGGGACUGCUUUGGCCUAUCGCAAUGGAAUCUUGCAAUUUGACAAAGCCUGCUUUAAAAAAUAUGGAAAAGUCUGGGGGUUUUAUGAUGGCCGAACUCCAGUCCUGGCCGUCACUGAUCCAGCCGUCAUCAAAGCGGUAUUAGUGAAGGAGUGCUACACGGUGUUCACCAAUCGGAGGAAAUUUGGCCCAACUGGCAAGCUGGAAAAAGCUGUUUCCUUGGCGGAAGAUGACACCUGGAAGAGGAUUCGCACUGUGCUCUCUCCAACCUUCACCAGUGGAAAGCUGAAGGAGAUGCUCCCGAUCAUCCAGCACUAUGCAGAAAUCCUCAUCAAAAAUUUUUCAGAAAAAGCAGACAAAGGAGAGACGGUGGACAUUAAAGAUGUCCUUGGGCCCUACAGCAUGGACGUGGUCGCCAGCAGCUCCUUUGGGGUCAACAUCAACUCCAUGAACAACCCCCAGGACCCUUUUGUCAAGCAAGCCAAGAAACUUGUGAAGUUUAACUUUUUCUCUCCGUUAUUCGUUCUAAUGUACAUGGUCCCAUGGCUGACUCCUGUUCUGAAUAAGAUGAACGUCACCCUAUUUUCCGCUGAGGCAGUCGACUUUUUUGCAAAAGCGAUAGGAAAAAUAAAGGAGCAGCGAAAGCAAGAGAUGGAUAAGGGCCGGGUGGAUUUCUUGGCACUGAUGAUCGAAUCCCAAAAAGCAGAGGCCAAAACCCAAAUUAACGGCAUGAAUCAAACGUACAAAGCUUUGACUGAUGAAGAGAUUCUGGCCAAUGCCGUGAUCUUUAUCUUUGCGGGAUACGAGGCCACCAGCAACAUCCUCUGCUACAUGCUGUAUGAGUUAGCCAUACAUCCCGAUGUUCAGCAGAAACUACAGGACGAAAUUGAUGCCGCUCUGCCAAAUAAGGCUCCGCUUGUUUAUGAGACCGUCAUGCAAAUGGAAUACCUUGAUAUGACAGUCAGCGAACUGCUCCGGAUGUAUCCCCUUGGAGGAAGAAUUGACAGGACCUGCAAGAAGGAUGUCGAGAUCAAUGGGAUCACCAUUCCGAAAGGAGUUUCCGUGAUGAUCCCGGCACAUGUCCUGCAUUUUGACCCAGACCUGUGGGAGCAACCUGAAGAAUUUAGACCUGAAAGGUUCAGUAAAGAGAACAAAGGCCGCAUUGACCCCUAUGUUUACCUGCCGUUUGGAGCCGGUCCGAGGAACUGCAUCGGGAUGAGAUUUGCAUUUCUGAUCCUAAAGGCUGGUGCUGUGAGCUUGUUGCAGAAUUUCACCUUCAAGCCCUGCAAGGAAACACAGAUCCCCAUGGAGUUGUCGACAACAGGACUGAUGAUUCCCAAGAAGCCCAUCAUCUUGAAAGCCAUCCCCAGAGCCAGCUCUUCACACUAGUGCCGGCUUUCGAGUUAUGUUUCUAAACGUUCCUUUGGGACCAUUAUUUCACCUGCAUCGCCAGGAGAACAGAUGCCGUUGCGAACCGUUCUUUUGUACAUAAUUGUUGAGGCUAUAUUUGCAUAAAGUCCCAUAUCCCUUGCCGUGUGAUGGUACAAACGUCUCUGGGAUUUUUCCAGAGAAUAAGAAAAAGGAAGAGGGCAGGAAACAAGGAAUGCGAGCCUGUGCUCCCCACACUUCUACUUUCAGAUGUCUUGGGUGAAAAGCCAAUGCAAGGAAAAAAAUGCCAUAUAUUAAGGCAGUGUUUCUCAAACUGGGGGUCGGGACUGGGUGUCAGAGGGGUCGGCAAAGACCAUCAGAAAACACAUAUUUCUGAUGGUCUUAGGAACCCCUUUGGCAGAGAAGGCUGAAGAUAAUAUUAAUAAUAAAAAUAGCUAGUAAUAACAACUAGUUUGUAGUGCGGUUUUCUUGUACUGAUUCUUUGUCUGCUGUGUUUUGAGAAGUUUCUGAUUUUUGACUUCAAUCAAAGCAGGUUCUUCACUUUGCUUUACAUAUUCUGCCAGGGCAUGUUCUUCUUCUGUGACUGCUUGUUUUACUUGUAAGAGUCCUCCGACCCCUGAUCUACUAGGCAGAUAUAGCCGGUCAACAUCACUGCGAGGGUGCAGAGAAUAAUAAUAAUAAUAAUAAUAAUAAUAAUAAUAAUAAUAAUAAUAAUAUAACAACAUUGCAGGAAAGUUCCUUGACAAAAUUGAAGGAAAAGCUGAUAAGGAGAAGACCUGGCUCUGGCUCAUGAAUGGGACCUUGAAAAAGGAGACAGAAGGCCUGAUCCUUGCAGCUCAGGAGCAAGACAUCAGGACAAAGGCAAUUAAGGCCAAGAUCGAAAAAUCAGCUGAUGACCCAAAAUGCAGACUGUGCAAGGAAACCGACGAAACCAUUGAUCAUAUUCUCAGCUGCUGUAAGAAAAUCACACAGACAGACUACAAACAGAGGCACAACUGUGUGGCCCAAAUGAUUCAUUGGAACCUAUGCCUCAAGUACCACCUCCCAGCAGUAAAGAACUGGUGGGAUCUCAAACCUGCAAAAGUAUUGGAAAAUGAGCACGCAAAAAUACUGUGGGACUUCCGAAUCCAGACUGACAAAGUUCUGGAACACAACACACCAGACAUCACAGUUGUGGGGAAAAAAAAGGUUUGGAUCAUUGAUGUUGCCAUCCCAGGUGACAGUCACAUUGACGAAAAACAACAGGAAAAACUCAGCCACUAUCAGGACCUCAAGACUGAACUUCAAAGACUCUGGCAGAAACCAGUACAGGUGGUCCCGGUGGUGAUAGGCACACUGGGUGCCGUGCCAAAAGAUCUCAGCCGGCAUUUGGAAACAAUAGACAUUGACAAAAUCACGAUCUGCCAACUGCAAAAGGCCACCCUACUGGGAUCUGCAUGCAUCAUCCGGAAAUACAUCACACAGUCCUGGACUCUUGGGAAAUGUUUGACUUGUGAUUUUGUGACACGAAAUCCAGCAUAUCUAUCUUGUUUGCUGUGUCAUAAUAAUAAUAAUAAUAAUAAUAAUAAUAAUAAUAAUAAUAAUAAUAAUAAUAAUAGCUAGUAAUAAUAACUACUUUGUAGUGCGGUUUUCUUGUACUGGUUUUUUGUCUGCUAUGCUUUGAGGAAUUUCUGAUUUUUGACUUCAAUCAAAGCAGGUUCUUCACUUUGCUUUCCAUCUUCUGCCAGGGCAUGUUCUUCUUCUUUGACUGCUUGUUUGACUUGCAAGAGUCCUCUGACUCCUGAUCUACUAGGCAGAUAUAGCCGGUCAACAUCACUGCGAGGGUGCAGAGAAUGAUGAAUGGUCAUGAGUUUUCUUGUUUUUCUGUCCAAAGUGUCCAGUUCCACCUGUGUCCAAUUUAUAAUGCCAGCAGUGUAUCUUAUGACAGGUAUGGCCCCGGUGUUUAUGGCCUUGAUGGUGUUGCCUCCACAGUGAAACAGAACACAAAACAGUAAACAUUUUACAAACACAUAAUCCCACCAUCGCCUGAACAAGUAUCAUUUCCUUUACCAUAAGAUGUGUAAUUCAACCAUUAAACAAAUGUCAUAUCCAACAUUCCCGACCAACAAGAUUGUAUUGCUUUCCUUUUUCACUUUCUGGAACAUAUUUAAUAAAAACUGACCAGUAUAAAUCAAAAUCAGAUCUAUUAACCUAUUAAUUUCCCCCCUGAACACUCUCAUUUCCAUUGAUAAUUUAUCAUUUAAAGCUGCAUUCCAUAUCUCCCCAUACCAUGCUUCCAGUGUGAGAUUGGUUACUACAGUAGAGUCUCACUUAUCCAACGUUCUGGAUUAUCCAACACAUUUUUGUAGUCAAUGUUUUCAAUACAUCGUGUUAUUUUGGUGCUACAUUCGUAAAUACAGUAAUUACUACAUAGAAUUACUGCGUAUUGAACUAUAGUAGAGUCUCACUUAUCCAAGCUAAACGGGCCGGCAGAAGCUUGGAGAAGCGAAUAUCUUGGAUAAUAAGGAGGGAUUAAGGAAGAGCCUAUUAAACAUCAAAUUAGGUUAUGAUUUUACAAAUCAAGCACCAAAACUUCAUGUUAUACAACAAAUUUGACAGAAAUAGUAGUUCAAUACGCAGUAAUGUUAUGUUGUAAUUACUGUAUUUACAAAUUUAGCACCAAAAUAUCACAAUAUAUUGAAAACAUUGACUUGGAUUAUCCAGAGGCUUGGAUAAGCGAGGCUUGGAUAAGUGAGGCUCUACUGUACUUUUUCUGUCAAAUUUAUUGUAUAACAUGAUGUUUUGGUGCUUAAUUUGUAAAAUUAUAACCUAAUUUGAUGUUUAAUAGGCUUUUCCUUAAUCUCUCCUUAUUAUCCAACAUAUUCGCUUAUCCAACAUUCUGCCGGCCCGUUUAUGUUGGAUAAGUGAGACUCUAUUGUAUUUUCCAAUUCCUUGCAAUUAUAAGUCUUGCCACUGUGAGCAAAACAAUCACAAAUUCUUUCUUUUCCAUUUCUAAAUUCAACCUUGUGUCAUCCAUUAAUAAUGCUAACCUAGCAUCCGGAGUGAUGUUUGUUCCUAUAAUGUUACAGGAUUCUAUACAGUUAAAGCAGUUUCAAAUUACUAUAAUUCUGCAGUGUGGAUGAUCUCAGGGAAAUACGGGCCAAUAUUUGUCAUGUCCUUCAAACCUCAAUUAAAAACUUGUCUGUUUCCUGCCUCC